AUGGCAGGUCCCGUUGUCGGUGGUCCUCACGGCCCUUAUAGACAGUCUGAACGAACGGAUUUAUAUCGCUCCCAUGCCAACGACCUUAUUUCCAAUGGCCAUGCUUAUCGAUGCUUCUGUCCCCCCGAAAGGUUGGAUGCAAUGGCCCAGCACCGCAGUCAGGCUGGGCUGGCCCCGGGAUACGACCGGAAAUGCGGCGAAUUAUCUGCAGAAGAGUCGGAGGAUCGAGCUGCCAGCGGGGAAACACAUAUCAUUCGAUUGAAGGUUGAGGGAUACCCAAUGUUCAAUGACCUUGUGUAUGGCAAGACUGGACAAAACAAGCCAAAUAACAAGAAGUUGGACUUCAUCGACCGAGUAUACGAUGAUCCGAUUUUGAUCAAAUCUGACGGCCACCCUACGUAUCACUUGGCGAAUGUGGUAGAUGAUCAUUGCAUGAAGAUCACCCAUGUCAUUCGAGGAACGGAAUGGAUGCCAUCCACACCCAUGCAUAUGGCUUUGUACAAUGCCUUCAAAUGGACGCCUCCCCAAUUCGGCCACGUCCCUUUACUGGUUGACCAGAGUGGACAGAAGCUGAGCAAGCGGAAUGCAGAUAUUGAUCUCUCCUCAUUCAAGGACAAGCAGGGUGUUUUUGCCUCCACGCUGGUGAACUUUGCUUCUCUUCUGGGUUGGUCUCAUUCUCAGAAGUCAGAUGUAUUGAGUCUGCAAGAGUUGGAACAAAUCUUCAACUUGAAGAUCACCCGGGGCAACACUGUCGUUGCCUUCGAAAAACUUUGGUUCCUUCAAAAAGCCCAUGCUCAGCGGUUUGCCGCAAGUGGCGGCCCUGAGUUCGAUGAGAUGGUCAACAGAGUGAGCUCAGUUGUCACAGAAAAAUACCCCCUAGAGAAGCUCAACACGAUCCUGAAAGGCCGUACCAUUGCCGAAUAUGUUGCCCCUCUCAUCCGCGCCGACGCAAAGUCCUACACGGAUGCUUCGGAGUUCGUCCAGCGUAACUCUACCUUCUUCACACCGAAGCUGGAGAGAGAACCCUACGCACCCGCCUCGCCCUCGGCCCUCGAAGUCCCAAUGUCUGCCCUGCACACUGCUGCUGCUGCCCUGACACUUGUUCCAUCUUCGCAUUGGUCUAUUGAGACCCACCGGUUCAACAUCAACUCAUACGAUGGGUCUAGCAGUGUAGUGCUGCCUGAAGCCGAAUCAGACUCCCAAACAUCCCCGGCAACCGAUAAAAUCUUCAAGAAAGAAUUGUAUCAUUACCUCCGCUGGGCACUGUCCGGCUCCGCGCCUGGGCCUGGAAUUCCAGAAACCAUGACAAUUCUUGGAAGAGAUGAAACUCUACGCCGCGUGCAAGAUGCGAAGGCAUCUACGCAGACUUUUGGUCCGUCCGAUGGGAGGAGAAUCCCCAAGGGGGCAUUGCCUGAAGAUCAGAGCUGGAUGGGCACCCUUGCAACUAAACGGUAA